AUGCUGCUCUUCAAGCUGCCGGCGCGAUUUCUUGUACUCGUCUUGGCAUUCGAUGCCGCACUUGCUGUACGACCCGGGAUCAAAGUCGAUGGCAGCAGGAGGUUGUCCAGGCUCUUGCAGAAGUUCCUGGCAUCGGAAGACCGACGCAGCGAGUUUCAGGACACCCUGAACACCUCCACAGAUGAUCGCUGGCAGCGAGAGAUGU